AUGAAUACAUCCAGCAGAGACACCACCAGCUCCGUUAGCCACUUCAUCCUCCUGGGCUUUCCCUCAAGCCCUGAAAGGCAGCUCCUCUACUUUGGGCUCUUCUCGGUGACCUACACGCUGACCCUGAUGGGGAACGCGGCCAUAGCCUGUGCUGUGCGGUGGGACCGACGUCUGCACAUCCCGAUGUACAUAUUCUUGGGGAAUUUCUCUUUCCUGGAAAUAUGUUAUGUCACCACCACAGUCCCUAACAUGCUGGCCAACUUCCUCUCCACACGCAAGUCCAUCUCUUUUGUGAGUUGUUUUGUACAAUUCUACUUCUUCUUCUCUUUUGGGUGUGAUGAGGGCUUCUACCUAUGCAUCAUGGCCUUUGACAGGUACCUGGCCAUCUGCCGUCCUCUACAUUAUCCACGCAUCAUGACUAAAGAGCUGUACACUGGCCUUAUCAUCUUUGGGUGGUCUUGUGGACCUAUCCUUUUUCUAACCCCAGUCAUGCUUAUUUCACAAUUGCCCUAUUGUGGUCCAAACAUCAUCGACCAUUUUAUGUGUGAUCCUGUGCCAUUGAUGAUGCUGUCCUGUUCUGAAGACACCACCACGCAGUUUGUUUACUCUACUUUCAAUACUAUCUUCAUGGUAGGUACCUUUCUCUUCAUUCUUUGCUCCUAUGUACUGGUGAUUCUGGCUGUGCUCCGGAUGCCCUCAGCGGCAAGCAAACACAAGGCUUUCUCCACUUGUGCUUCUCAUCUGGCUGUGGUGGUCCUGUUUUUUGGCUCUGUUAUGGUGAUGUACGUUAGCCCUGGAUCAGGACAUCCAGUAGAGCUUCAAAAAAUUGUUACCUUAUUUUACUCUGUGAUAACGCCCCUUUGUAAUCCUUUAAUUUAUAGUCUCAGGAACAAGGAGAUGAAGGCUGCCCUAAGGAAAGUGUUUGGGACUGAAAAACUUGUUCAUAAAACAUAA